UUAGUCACAAGAAGCGAAUUUAUCAAGCGCCACGUUAGUCGCAACCUUUCAUCCAACAGCGUCACAUUUCGCACUCAGCUUUAACGACCUAUCUCAACUCAAUAACAUUCCGACCUCAACCGGCAACGGGACGACGGUCACACACUAUCAUUGAACCCUUCUUCAAACAGUGAAACAAACGGCGCAGAAGGGCUUUCGCAACUUGCUUCGCCGGGGCUUGGGUCAAACCCAAAUGUUUACGAUCGCAAUCUCCCCGGGGUCCCGGGCAACCCAUUCACUACCCUCCGCGCUCCGGCCUUCCGCGGAGAGUGGCUUGCCUUCUCCCAGCUGACAUAACCGAACAAGACUCACUUUCAACGAAUCUCCGGAGAUCGCACAACCACCGCGGCCUCGUUCGUCGGCGGGGCACGAUCGCGGUUAAUGUUUGUACUUUCUCUCAUGACUCUGUGAAUUUCUCCCCCGUACGGACCGAAACCGAAACCGAAACCACGGUCGGCUGCUGUGGCGGUGCAAAGGCUGCAAAGGCGCGCUGCUUGCGGAGAAAGAGACCGAUCUCACGGACGAACUCCCUUACUGGUUUGGCGCGUUUGGAGUUUCUGCGGCGGCAGAUCUUCCGAAAUUGGCCACCCAAAUGCCGUCAGUCGCAGUGAAGCCGUUGCGAUCGCGAGUUCAGCGAAAACCAUUCAGCGUUUCCUUGUUGGUGUUUUUGAGUUUGUCAGGAUUUUCGUUCAAACAGGAUUUUCGUUCAAGCCAUAGCUGGAGAAUAUCCUUCUACCUGGCCAGGGGUUCGAAGUGGAUUGCACCACUUGUGUUUUUCAUCCGACUGGUGGCGGACAAAGGACAAAGCAGUCAAGUGGGUUUUUGAAAAGUUGAAUUGGAUUUUUCUGUUUUCGGGUGAACGGAUCAUUCGUCGAAGGUUUAAGACGAAUAAGUGAAAAGCAUCAAACAGGCAUAAAAUACAAUGCAGUUCCUUUUCGCCGCCAGCAUCAUUAUGGUGAGAAUUUUCUAAGUUAUUGUCGGUGUGGCCGAAGAAACAUAGCUGAAAACAAAAACAAGAAACGAAGAGUGAAUAGAGACCCUAAACCCGAACUUCAGAAGAAAAAAAAAACCUAAGCGAAACGAGGAAUAAAUCGAAAUAGAAGAAGAAGAUAAAGGGUGACUUUGAACAUCGUAGAAAUAGAUUACUAUGUGUUUAUCAUAGUAGCAUCAUCUAUGUUCGUCUCAGUCUUCUUUGAAUAAAGGUUUGUUUUUUUCUUCACCAGUGUUGGACAGAUGGACGGCGGUGACGGUGGUGGAUGAGGCUUAGCCCUAGUUCGGUAGCGUCCAGGGCAUCAGUUUACGUUCGGAACUUGAAGCCGACACGUUAUCGUUAAUCGUGAGAGAAAAAAAAAUGGCUCGAUAUUUCGAAUUGGGAUUGCGAAACGGUUCUCGGAAACUCAAUGAUGACAAUUUGUGAUUGUGUAAGUUAAGGAAUGUUACUUUGUGAAGUGUUCUUCGUGCAACAAUUGGAUAGAAGUUGGGAAAGUGUGAUGUGAAACUGAAAGCAAAAUAACACAAAUUUUGCAUUUUCGCAAAGUGCAGUUCGUCACAAAACAAAAAAAAACCUCUGAAACCGUGAAAAAAAAAUGUUCUCAAGGAAUGAAGUGAAAGCUCUCCAUCUGGUUGAACCAUUUCGCCUUGUACUGAUCGGAAACAGUGUGUUGUGAUUCAUCGACGAAGAAACCGCAAAUUAACCGCAACCGCCACGCAACGAGCCAAGGAAACAUUCUCUUCUGUCAAGGAUACUUGUUUCACGAUUCACAACGAUUCUGACGGACCCCCCUCCGGUGCGGCCGUGAGCGAAGAAAAUUGUUACAAUGAAGAAGGACGCCUGGCGAAUAUUUCUGCUGUUGAUGAUAGUGCAUGAUUUAAGUUUCAUUAGCUCGGAGCCACAAUACCAGCCACAGCAACAGACUCAGUUGCAGCAGCAAUCGCAAGGUAAUUUCAAUAACAACAACUACAAUAACUACAACAAUGGCCAGCUGCAACAGCAACAACCGCAGCAAUUCCAACAGCAGCAGCAGCAGCAGCAACCGCCUCAACCCCAACCAGUACAACAACAGCAACAACAAGAACAGCAAUCUUAUCGCUAUCGAACUGCAGCAACGACAUCGGCUCCAACGUUCUUGGAACGGAUUUCCAGUUGGUUCAACAUUUUCGGCGAUGAUGGAAAUGACCGAAGGCCGGCUCCAUUGGCUCCGAGGCCACCUCCACCUCAAAAUCCUCCACCACCACCUCCUCCUGUACCACCGCAACAAUCGUUUCAGCAAACACAACAACAACCAUUUCAACAACCUCAACAGCAACCAUUUCAACAACUUCAACAGCAACCGUUUCAGCAACCUCAACACCAACAACAAAUCAUUCACAACCAGCCGGCAAAUCAACCGGCUCUGCUGCUUAACGAACAAUUUCAAAGUGCCAACAAGCUACCUCCGGUGAGUCCUAGCUAUGGGCCACCAGGUUUCAAUAGUCCACAACCGGAUGGAGGCUUCAAGCCUAUCAACUAUCAAAGCGUCAAUCACCAGGGCAGUGGAAGCAGCUAUCAUCCUGUGGCGAAUUCCUAUCAGGCUGCUGGUUUCAGUAACAACAACAACAACAACAACAACAACAAUAACAACAUUGUUCAAGGACCAAACAAUAACCAAUAUAAACCGCCGGUACAACCUCAAACGUUUUCGUUUAUUCCGUCAACUCUUCAGCAACACAUCGUACCAGCACAACAACACCCGAGAAUCACGAAUCCUUCGCAACAGGUUUCACAUGUAAAACCAUACCGAGAUCCAGAACCGACUACCCCUUUUCCGGAUGUAGCUCCCGUGCCACCUGGUCUGUCUAACACGAAUCGAGAGUUUGACUACCAUCCUUGUCACAAUGUACCAUGGGUUCCGAUAGCCCCUCCGCCCGGCCAAUUCUCGGUAACACAGCAGCCUCCAAAGACAAUACCGCAAAACACCAUACCGCCACAAUCUCCGCAACCUCCAAGACCGAUCAAGCUUGAGGUACGACCCAAAGGACAAGUUCACUCAGUGGCACCCUACACGGCGGGUGUGGCCAGUCACGAUCCUCCACCGAUCAUCACUGCACCACCGCAAGCCCAACAGUUGAUACAGCUUCAGUUGCAGCAUCAACAGCAACAACUGCAGAACUUACAGCUACAGCAGAUACAGUUUCAGCAACAACAGCUUCAGCAACAGCUCCAGCAGCUCAAGGUCAGUACAACACCUCAACCAUCACCAUCACAACCACAGACCGGACCAUCGACCGCUCCUUUCGUCCACACAGCGGCUUCCGCCAUAGCUUCUCACUUUGUAACCCGUAAGCCUGAUCCACCAGCAUCGGUAGCUCCCAUCACCUUCCGUCAAGUAUCCGCAUCAUACUUCACCAACAAAGAUUACCACCCUCCUGCUAAAAUCCUACCGAUCCAGAACGAGGACAAACCACACGCCUCGAUCGCAGUCCCAAAUCUAAGUGCCACUCCGGUUCCACCUCUCUACACGGCAACAUCCUUCCACUCUGACCCGUACAAAUUCUACAAACCGUACCGACCACGAGACAACAUCCUCGAACUGGGCUACGGUUAUCCGCAGUCCCUGAAACCCAUGUCCGACAGUUACACCCGGUACAAUCUACGCCCGGAUGUAUCGGAUAGUAGAGGCACAAAUUCAAUAUUCGAUGUCGAACAGGUCGCGUCAUCGUCAUCCGCAGUCUACACCACAGUGGCGUACAACAACGAAGACUCCAAGCCGUCGGCCUCCGAGCUACGAAAAGUCAACGCUACCCAGGGAACCAACGAACUGGUGGAUGAAGAUGAAGACUACGAUGAAUCCGAAGAGGAUGGUCUCAUCACCGGUGUAACGGUAACGUAUCCGGUAGAAGUGACCAGUGCUGUGCCACGAACUCGUUACUAUUCUUCACGAACGACUACUACCGAAAGACCGACAACAUACGCAUCUCCACAAGAACCUCCAACCGGUUCGGAUGAGAUAGGAAAUGGUCUUCAGAUAAUUUACUCCGCCAAUCUGCAAACAGGUUCACCGCCGAGUAAAUUCUCGAAAAAACAUUCGAACGCACACUUGACUCACUAUGACGCCCAGCCACAAAUCAGUCAUUUCAAUAAUCUACUCAAUGAAGAGGAUUUUUCCGCUGCGAAAGAACCCAUUCCCGUUUCGGCUUCCUCGUACACACCACCAACGAGACCGGUUUCGGUUCUGACUACCUUCAAAGGGAGCACCCAUACUCCGACGACUUUUCAACGUUUCACCACUGAAACUCCGUACACGGAGUUCACGACACCUGUUCCUCUGACGAUUACUACUACGCCACCGACUAGUACACAGCGUUCCACCUCUAUGACAGCGGCCAUUGGAGGAUACAGGAACAUAACGUCCACCAAAAAACCGAAACAAAUCCAAAUUAUCAUUCCCUACAGCACCUAUAAACGACCAGAACCAUUCAAAACCAAAGAUACUGACGAAAUGGAUCACUCCCCGGAGGAGUCAAACCUUGUGACAUCUAAUUCCGGUGACACGACGACCCCUCCCCCAGCCAAGUCACGUUUCGUGACACGGGAAUCCAUGAAAUACUUCCAAUCUACCUCCAACAUCAAAGAUAUUCUUCGCAAAGAGGUGACACGGCCAUUCUCACGGCCGCCCACAAGCGUCCCGGAGAAGACCGCUAAGAUGAAGAAAGUUGAACCCGUGAAGAUAUCCAAGGAUUCCAAGCCAUUCACGCUGCGAGUUCCAAAAAUGACCCCAAUGCCUCCGGUGUUCAAUCUGACGGGACUGGUCGUUGACUAUCGAGUAGAACACUCUACGGUAGCCCCUGCACGAACAUUCCGGCCGACGAUCAUCAUGGCUCAUCCCUCCAAGUUCACGCAGCAGCACCCCAUGAACGUGACUCGAGCACGUCCGUUUCCGACAAGUCAUACCUACUCCCCUAGAACAACCAUCGCAAAGCUUCUACGAACGACAAAGAUAAUUACGAAACCACCGACGAACUCCCAUGACGAACCCGAGUACAUUACGCGACCUCUGCCUCCCAUAAUCUAUCGACGUACGACCGUCCCUACGACAACCCCGAUAGCCGAUACGACACCGAUACCGAUCUACGAACGAAACGAAGCGGACAUCGAUCCGCUACUGUUGCAGCGACGCAUCGAUACCUGGACCGAGCAGCAGUUUGCCAGUGAUGACUACAUGCAAAAAUCAAACACCAUCGCGUUGCAUCGCGUCACCAAGGCGAUCCCGUGGGAGUUCCUCACGACGACGAUGUUGCCGUCGCUUCGUGAUCGCACCAAAGGCCGGGACCGUUGGCGCAACGUCAAGAUUGCCAUAUCGCCGCACACCCAGGAGAGGGUUUACGUCGUAACGCCACAACCGUGGACCGUGGUCAUCAAUCAGCAGACGAUUUCUUCGCCGCCGCGGUUCAUGAUCCGACCGACGCCGCUGUAUCAGCGGGGCAGUACCGACGGCAGUUACGUCCGGUACAGUGGCAGCACCGGUUCUACGGUGGAUGUUUCACCGGAAUCAGUAAACGAUCUGGUGGAACACAAAUCGAAACACCGAGGCUCGCUGAGUCCGGCCAAGCUGAAACAGCGGAAGUACGUGCGAAAGAAAACUUUCACCAGCAGUGGUCCUUCGUCGUCGUCGUCGUCGUCGUCGUCGUCGUCGUCGUCAGGCUUCACAUCGUCCAGCGAUGAGUCCGGAGCGACCGUGUGACCACAUCACCACCGGUACCACCUCCUCCUCGCCAGCCAUAGUCUCCUCUCCCACCACGGAUGGAGGAAGAGGAAGAAGAAGAAGAAGAACAACAACAAAAAAAGAAACAAGUAGCCAAAGCCACAAUCGCAUAAACGCAAAAAAAAAAAACAAAUACACUCAAACAAAAAAAAAUGUAAGAGUAGUCAGUGUUUAACUGUUAGUUAGGUCCAGCAGAACGAAAAAAAAAUGGAAGAACUAGAAUAAACUAGGUCAAGUUACUACGACUACGCACUGACUGCUGAUGGUCACUGCUGCUCUAUGAAGAGAGGGAUGAUUCUGGUCUCCUUUCUGCGGAGACUGAUUAAACAUAGUAUGAUUAAGACGAAGAUGGUGACUGUAAUGAUGAUGAUGAUUAAGAACCGUAUAAAUGUGGAGUAAAUCUUCUUGUAUUUAUACUAGUAGCUAGAUUAGAUCAGAGUAUUUACACGCUGGUUGGAAGAUGAGCGAUGAAGGUGCGCUGGGGAAUUCUGGCAAAAAACAAAAUUUUACGUGCGAUUCAUUCAAUAAAAACUUUUUGCACGGUCGUUCCGACAAGCGAGAUACCGAGAAGACAGCUUUACUGACAACAUGAGCUGGCCUCGUGUUGUAGAAAGGAGUCCUACACAUUAGGGUGUCUUCACAAUCUGGAUCGUUCGACCAAAUAAAUUUUGAGUAUUAUGAAUUAGAUAAUUUUUACUACCUGCCCUAAAAAUUAAUAAAUCUGGAAUAGUGAAAUUCGCUAUUUGUCAACCCUAAGCCAGACUCAACCACCCACCAGCCCGCUCUCAUGCAAUCAGUUGUAAUUUCUUACGGGUAAAGACUUACUUACGGACCGACUAACGAUGAAGCCGUGAAAAUGCUUUAGCCAGUUGUUUAGUGUCUUAUUUAUGAUUUUCUGCCCGAGCGAAUGAAUGAAUGAAACCAUUGGCAGAGAUUCGAAUGGUGUAUGUGCCUAGCAAGACUAACCAUACUCUGGUAAUUCUAUUCCCUACUCUGGUGGGCACAGAGAAGUGCAGAACAACCAUUGUGCCCCGCGUCCCCGCCGCAACUAGCGUAGUGUGAUGUGAUGAUGCUGCACACAUUUUAGCUUCCUCGCUCAAACAAGCGAACGGAGGAAACUCCCGAAGCCCCUGAAUGGCGGCCAACCACCAACCACUGAUCAAACAAAACAACGCAAACACAUCUCAGCUCGCUCGGUAGUGCUUUGCUAUAGGUAGGUUAUGUAUAAUUGGUAACGAUCGGAUUCGAACCGAAAGCGAGAAAGUUUACGAGCGGUAAAUGCUAGUAUUGAGUUUAACGUAAUUAAUCCAGCGAACCCCCUGCGGGAUAGUCUAUAGGUAAUAGGUAAUAGCAGCCACUAGGCAUGUGUGUAUACUGAAAGUUGCGUAAACACAUCGGUGUGAACUAUUUUUUUUUGUUGUCUUCAGUUCAGUUGAACUACUGAAUGACUGAAUGCUCAUUAUUACGUGCUGAGAGUGCACCAUUCCAAAGCAUAACUCCCUCCCCCAGCCCUUUGACGGUGGCAGCGGCGGCUGGUGGAAUGGAUGAUGAUGCGUACCUGUCUCGUCGCUGUAUGAGACAAAAACGAAAACAAUAACAUUAACUAGCACCAAAAGUCAAGCGUCAAAUG